AAAUGUCGCAUAAUACUACGCACUACAGAUCAACGGAGAUUAGAAUACAAUGUAAAAAUGUCGUUGUGUUUACUAGAAAGGAUUUAUAAUUCAAUUUUCUUAGACUUUGGCACACAUUAAUCCAAAUCCGAUAAUUUUGAAGGCCUAAUUAAUUAUGGAUCCGCAAGUUCAGCAAAAAGUCUUACAAUUUGAGACCUUCAUAAACGACGUACUGAAAGCCGAUCUUGCAAAAUUAGCCGAAAAACUUGACGCCAAAAAUGUUGAUCUCGCCGAAUUUCUGCAACUGAAAUCAGUGAUAACAACAUUUCAAGAUACAAACGUCGAGAAGACCGGUUUCAAAACCAAAGUCGAUAUCGGAAAUAAUUUCUUCAUUCAAGCACACGUUCCAGACGCUUCUAAGAUCUUGUUGGACAUUGGUUUGGGACACUACAUUGAAUUCACGUUGGACGAAGCAUUGGUCGUUAUAAAUAUAAGGAUCAAGUUGCUCGAGCGACAAAUAGCGAAUUUACGAAAAGCGAUUGCAAGAACCAAUGCUCAUAUUAAGUUAAUCCUUAUUACUAUUAGAGAUUUGCAAGGAUUGAGAGAAAAUGUUUGAAAAACUGCUGUGACAAAAAACGACUUAAUGUAAGAAUAUUCGAAUGUAACUAUUUUUUUCUAUCAGAUAAGAGAAUUGCCAUUACUGUGCUGUGUAUGCAUAUUAGAUGGGUGAUACAGGUUUAAGUAACUUAUUUUUGUAAAUUUGUAAAUAAACUCAUAGAAAAAUA